AUGGAUAACAAACAAACUCCAAGUAAAGAACUGAUCCGUUCUAAAGGCAGUGAAACUUCGCUUACAGACUCUCCUUUAAAACCAAAACAAGAAACUUUAGAUGAAGAUACUUAUACUGAGGCAUUAAGCGAGAUUAUUAAAAAGGAUUUUUUUCCUUCUCUUUUAACUCUCGAAGCACAGCAUGAUUAUGUGGAUGCCUGGAAUUCAAAUAAUCCAGAUCUAAUCAGAGAUGCUACUCGUAAACUUAACGAAUUAACUACACCUUUCAGGAAAACAAAUGAAGUUCCAACUCCAAAGGGACCAGGAUUGACUCCGGGAUUAACAGCAUCACAAGAAGGAUGGGAUACACCUGUAUCCACCACAGGAUCUAAUGUUUUUAAAGUUCCAGCACCAAAAAAAAAUUUUACAAAUUUAUCUUUGGAUGCUUAUCAAGCGAAAUAUACAAGCGAGGAUAAUGCUUCAUAUCCUUAA